GUGCUCGCCGCCCGCGCACAGGAGGCGCGCUUACUAAGACUAGCGCAGUUUCCCAGCGCGUUGCCCGCCCCGCAUCAUCCUGCAGGCUCCCUCCGAUCGCUGACUGCAGCCCCAGGCCCCGCCAUGGGGAAUGUGCCCUCCGCGGUGAAGCAUUGCCUCAGCUAUCAGCAGCUUCUCCGGGAGCAUCUCUGGAUCGGGGAUUCAGUGGCAGGGGCGCUCGACUCGGCGCAGGAAUCAUCCCAGUUAUCUGGGCUCCCUGAGUAUGUUAAAAUAGUAGAAGUUGGGCCUAGGGAUGGAUUGCAGAAUGAAAAGGUUAUAGUUCCUACAGACAUAAAAGUUGAAUUUAUCAAUCGACUUUCCCAAACUGGCUUGUCUGUAAUAGAAGUAACCAGCUUUGUGUCCUCCAAAUGGGUGCCACAGAUGGCUGAUCACACUGAAGUGAUGAAAGGCAUUAAUCAAUAUCCAGGAGUUCGAUAUCCUGUCCUUACUCCUAAUCUUCAGGGUUUUCACUGUGCUGUUGCUGCUGGAGCCACUGAGAUAUCAGUUUUUGGUGCUGCAUCUGAAUCCUUUAGCAAGAAGAAUAUUAAUUGUUCCAUUGAAGAAAGUAUGGGAAAGUUUGAAGAGGUCGUUAAGUCUGCAAGGCACAUGAAUAUUCCAGUUCGAGGGUAUGUGUCUUGUGCCUUGGGCUGCCCAUACGAAGGAAGUAUUACACCGCAAAAAGUCACAGAAGUGUCUAAGAGAUUGUAUGGCAUGGGCUGUUAUGAGGUUUCUCUGGGAGACACCAUUGGAGUGGGGACUCCAGGAAGCAUGAAGAGAAUGUUGGAAAGUGUCAUGAAAGAAAUACCUCCAGGUGCUCUUGCUGUUCACUGUCAUGACACUUACGGACAGGCCUUAGCAAAUAUCCUUACGGCCCUUCAGAUGGGAAUUAACGUGGUGGACUCCGCAGUGUCAGGAUUAGGUGGCUGCCCUUAUGCAAAAGGUGCUUCCGGGAAUGUAGCCACUGAGGAUUUGAUAUAUAUGCUUAAUGGCCUGGGGCUCAAUACAGGUGUGGAUCUCUACAAAGUAAUGGAAGCUGGUGACUUUAUAUGCAAAGCUGUGCAUAAAAAUACAAACUCUAAAGUAGCACAAGCCUCCUUCAGUGCUUGACAUCAGUGGAUUUGUGACUUAAGAUCAAGAAGAUCCAUUUCAGCAGCAUACAUUCAUCUGAAAAUCAUUAGUGCCAACUCAUUUUGAAAUGUAAUAGGCAAAGGUGGAGAAAGAGGAACAACUUUUUAAAAACAUUAUUACUGAAUAGACUAUGACGUCAAUAGUAAGCAAUACCAGUCAUCAGGUAAAUCAUAAUUGGAGGAUGAGUAAUGAAACUUGUAGACAUCCUUUUGAACUUGGAAGAAAAAAAAAGUCUCAUCUUUUGCUCUUGUAGAGAUGACUUUUUAAUUUAAUAGAUGUGAAUAUUGACCUCAGAUUUCCCUAAGUGUCACGUACUGUGUUAAUACUUAAUCAUGCUAGCUUAGCACAGUAUACACAUUGUCAGUAGUUUAUGAGCUCCCGCAUAGUGUGCAGAGUGUGUGGCCUUGAUAUUAUGUGUUAUGCCUCUGGAUAUCAACUUUCCAUUUGCCAAGUCAGUUAAGUUAUGGAUAAAGAGCCAAAUCUCCAUCUGACCCUGCAUAAUUUUAGCAAUAGAACUUUUAUAUUUCAAGUAAGGCUAACAUCUGUUAACUAUUUCAGUGACUUUAUCUGGUUCCAAGAGACUGUGGUCAAUGGCAAGACGCCAUAUCCUGGAAAUGCAUUAUAGCCACCCAUGUUUGUUACACGCAUCCAGUUUACCAUACUUUACCUUUCAUCAGCUAUGGAAAAAAAGCAAAAAAAAAAAAAAAAAAAAAAAAAAAAGCAUGGUGUUACUAAACUAUUGAGAAAUCAUAAAGUAUGACUUUUGUUUAGAUGUUUAAGUUUUCAGUUAUGAGAACACAUAGAUGCAGGUACCAUAAUCCAACUCCUUAAUUUCAGUUCACUUCCAAAUUGCCCAAGGAAAUAUCACUGAGAUCCCAAGGAUAUUAAGAUGAUUUUUAGUUCAUGAAAUAUGUUGGUUUAUGUUAAUUCAGGGUACCUUGACUCUAUCAGAUCAUUUUUUUGGUUCACCUUUUAAAAUGGUUAUUUUAAAGUUGAAAUGGGAUAAAUUUUGUCUUUUGUACUAAACAACAUUGCCAGAGAGACAAAUUUAGUAUAUUAAAGACUAAAAGAAAGGGAAGCAGGGAACGGUAUUUAGAAAAACAUUGCUAUAACCUAUGCAAAUAAUACAGGGAUGGUGUUCUUACAUGUGGAUCUGGAAUGUCAGUUCUAUUACUUAUAUAGACUUUCCCAAUAAUACUGGUGAUCUUAUCUUUGAAUAAAUUUUAAUAUAAAUUGAAAUAUGAAAGUGAGCUUUAUGGACUUUUUGGAAUAUAUUCAUUAAAACCAUUGAAAUAAAAAGAGAUUUAAGAAAAUAAUUAUGGAUUGCAAAUAAGUCAUCUUUAAAGAUACAGGGUAAGAAAAGUAUCAGAAAGUCAGCAUUGAUAAUUGACAAAACCAAACUAAAUUCCUAUGGAAGAGGCCAACCUACCAGCUCGUGACACUGUUUUGGAGCAGGGGCUGUAACAGCACACUCGUUUUGCAGAGUACUGAAAGCAGUUCUCUGUUUUGGGGUUCAGGUAGGGUGUGAGGAUAGUGUGAGCAGCAUGCAAAAUGGCAACUGGUUAUGGAUCUGCUUCAGUUAUAUCUCCCUUGUGCAUCUCUCUCCAUGAAGUAUGUACCCUUGCACACUAAAGGAGCAAAAAGGUAUCUUUACCAAGUGUGCACAGCAGGGAAACUGGCUUUUCCUCUCUUUCUCAAAGCUGCCGAAUUCUUAGUUUUGAGAUAUUUGAAAAAGUACCUUUUGAUACAAACUGCAUAUAGAAACUGAGACGGGGAAAUGUUGCUGUUUUGAACUAAAAUCAUGGACUGUUCAAGAAACAGAGCAAAUAGAAAUUCUAGGUUCAGUCUAGCACACAGUUACACAACACUCAUAUCAGCCUGCAGAUUCAUUUCCAUUACUAUCUGAUGCUACCUAAUCAUAUUUGCAACAUGAAAGUUUAUGUUUUAGAUACUGGUAUCCCUUUCUUUACCCCAAAUUCUUUUCUAGCUUAAUGAGAUUUUUUUUUCAGGUUUUGGAAGAAAACUCAGAUAAUCAUAUAAAGCUGUCUGAAACCCACAGACAGAAUCCACCCAAAGUUAUGUCUCAGCUAACCAGAAAUCCUUGGAAUCAUUGCAAGACCCACCAAAAUAACUUACCUGCUCAUAUAUCAAUACCAUAUUUAGUUUCAGGGAAAGGAUUUAAGAAUAAAAAUGCAAUUAUAGCUUUUGUUGAAAUGCAAAUCAAAAUAUUUUAUAAAAUCUAUGCCUAAGUCAAGAAAAUAUUCAUUCUAUGUAUUAGAACCUGUAAUGCAUUUUUAUUGUGUGUGUGUUGAUGACCUAUUAUAGACAAACAUUUUAAGACUACGUUCUCUGAAAAAUAACAAUUUUAGAAUCCUGCAUUCCUAAAAUUCACAAAGCAAAUGAAUGAAAUCUGGCUAUGACUUUCUGGGAAAAUUCAGAUGUCAUUGUGAUAUUAUUCAUUAUGAUCACUACAACAUUUAAUAAAUGUCCUUUUAACUGUA